AUGCAGCUCCCCAAAGUCCUGACAGCAAUCUUCUACUUCUUCCUCAAAGUCCAGGCCGUCCUCCUUCCCGUCCCUCACACGCUCUACCUCGCCAAAUGGACAACCUCAGAACUCAUCAACUAUGGGUUCCCAGACCCAUUCAACACAUCCCACACCCGCCGAAUCAUGAUCUCGCGCUACACCCCAGUUCGAAAACGAGACUGUCUUCAAACCUGCCGGCUUCCUUACAUGCCUGAAUUCAUCGCCUCGGUAGAGGAUGAGAUCUUCCAGGCCGACAUGGGCGCCACACCCUGGCCACGAGGCGUGCUUGCUUCGCUAGAGGUGGAGAUGUGCUGCAAGGAGAGACGACGUGACCAUCACGACAAACCACGCCCGCUUCUUCUCCUCGGUCCCGGCCUCAACACAACACGGUAUUGGUACUCGGGCAUGGGGCAGAGUCUCGCUGGGAUGGGCUUUGAAGUCGUGGUGAUGGACCACCCUUACGAGACGGACGUGGUGCAAUACCCUGAUGGCACCGUCAUUUACGGGGGACGGGUUCCUGCGGAUGCGGAGGCUGUGGAGGAGUUGAGGUUUGCGUUGGAGGUUAGGGCGAAGGAUGCGACUCUUGUUCUUGACUGGCUCAAGGUUCCUAAAUCAGCCAAGGUUGGCUUUGUGGGGAGUUCGUUUGGUGGACCGGCUGCUGCUGUGGCGAUGAGGCGGGAUGGGAGGAUUGCUGCGGGGGUUAAUCUUGAUGGGGGUAUGUUUGGUGCUGGGGUUGCUGAGGGUGGGGCGGUGAGGCCGUUUUUGAUUUUCGGGGCAGAUGGGCAUAAUACUACAACUGAUGAGACUUGGGGACGGUUUUGGGAUGCUACUGCGGAGAGGAGGCCUGGGUUGUGGAUGAAGGAGUUGAGUGUGGUUAAUGCGACGCAUAGGACGUUUUUGGACUUUUCGUUGGUUGGGGAGGUUAGUGAGGAGUUGAGGAGGGUUGGGUUCGGAGGUGUGGUUAGUGGGGUUUGGGCGAUGGGGAUGAUGACGGAGUAUUUGACCGAUUUUUUUCGGUUUGCGUUGAUGGGGAAGGGGGAGGGGUUGCUUGCUGGGGAGAGUGGGAGGUUUCCUGAGGUGAAGUUUUUGAGAUCGCAGGGGACACAACCACUGUAA